AUGCAGAGCGGAGAUAAACUACCAAGUGUGGAUUUGUAUGAAAAUACACCGACCGCUAAAGUCAAUAUUGCCGAGUUGACUGCUGGUAAGAAGGUGAUCAUCAUUGGUGUUCCUGGUGCCUUUACCCCUUGUUGUUCCAAGACUCAUCUGCCAAGCUAUAUUUCUGACUAUGAGAAGUUCAAAUCAAAGGGAAUUGAUGAAAUUGUCUGCGUUGCUGUCAAUGACCCAUACGUGAUGGCUGCCUGGGGAAAAGAUCAAAAUGCUGAUGGAAAAGUCCGCAUGCUAGCCGACACCAACGGCGCCUUUGCUAAGGCCGUGGAUCUUGAAAAAGAUAUGUCCGGACCUUUAGGAAACGUUCGAUGCCAACGCUUCUCGAUGUUCGUAGACGACGGAGUAGUCAAAGCCCUCAACGUUGAGCCUGAUGGUACUGGGGCUAGUUGCUCAUUGUCCAAUAAUAUCUUGUCUCAAUUCUAAACAAAAUCGUUCCUAUAAAAACAAAUUUAGAACGAGUCGAAUACAUGAUUUAAUAGCUUA